AUGUCGAGAAUAAUAAAGCAAUCCUUGUGUUAAAUUUAAUAAUCAAGAUAAUAGACUUAAAUAAUUCUAAACUCUUCUUAAUUCCUAGUAAAUCACCAUAAAAUACUGAGCAUAAAGAAUUCUUACUUUGUUAAUCCAUUUCAAGUUAAACAUCUGAUUUUUGUCCUUCCAAUCAAUUCAAAGUUUAAUUAUAGUAAAUAUAACAAAAAGGACUUGAACGUUUCAAACUAUAUGAAGAAGAAAAAAAAUUAUUUCAAGAAGAAAAAAAAUAAUUAAUCUCAAGAAUUUAAUAAUUAGAAUUACAAGUUUAUGAAUUCACAAAAAAAAAAGAAGCAUUAAAUCAAUCAUUUGGUUGAUAUGCUACUAAUAAUUUUGUUUAUAUAUAUAUAAAUAUAUAAUUUAUAAUAAUAAAUAUUUUAAUUAGAGUCUAAUAAAUAGAGAGGUAAUAGCACAUAAUUCAUUAAAGAAUUAGAAAACAAAAUUAUAAUGCUUUAAAAAUUAAAUGAAAAUUUAAAUUAAGAUAAUCAAAAAUUAUAAAAAAUAAUUAAUGUUGAAUAACUUAGGUAAGAGAGGGAUUUAUAAUGUAAAAACUUAUAAGAUUUAGAGAUUCAAUAUGAGAAUUUUUUAAAAUAAUUUGAAUAGUUUGAUUGUAAGAAAUUAGAGGAGUUAGAAUAAAUGAAUUAAGAAAAUAAGAUAGAAAAUUUGGUAAUAGAUUUAGAGGAUAAGAUUACUGGUUUAAUAAUAGAGAAUGAGAAAUUGAUUUAAUAGAUUCAAGAAGAAAUGAAAUUAGAUUAGAAUGUGGAAUAAAUGUAGUUAGAAUUGCAAUAAUAGUAGAUUGCAUAUUAGAAGUUAAAACAUGAAGAAGUUUAAUAUAGAUUUAAAUAUGAUACAGCAAUUUAUGAUGAGAAAGUAAGUAAAAGAGAGAAACCUAAUGAAAAUAAAGAGAAAGUGAUUGAAAAUGUAUUCAAUAUAAAUAAAUACUAAAAUAGAUAAAAAAUUUAGAAGAAGAGAAUAUAAAAUUAAGAGAACUAUUGAAAGAGAUAGAUUGUGAUGAAGAAAUUAAGGAUUUAGAGGAUAGAGUAUAUAAUAAAUAAUAUAAUAUUAGAUUCGUGUAAUUGCAUAGGAUAAUAGAAAAUUGGAGAUAUAAUUGUUACAGAAAUGA